AUGGCGACCUCCCCCACCCAAAAGCCGCCUGUCGCUAUUGUCUGCGUAGGCAUGGCCGGUUCAGGCAAGACGACUUUCAUGCAAAGGAUCAACGCCCAUCUCCACACCAAGCACCAGUCCUCUCCCUCCAACACAGCACCACCCUACGUCCUAAAUCUCGACCCGGCAGUUCGCAGCGUACCCUUCGACAGCAACAUCGACAUCCGCGACAGCGUCAACUACAAGGAGGUCAUGAAACAGUACAACCUCGGCCCCAACGGCGGCAUCCUCACCAGCCUCAACCUCUUCAGCACCAAGAUCGAUCAAGUGCUUGGGAUACUUGAGAAGCGAUGUCUGCCCAAAGAGCAGCCCGCGGCCUCUUCUCAAGCUACAAUACCGCCCUACAUCCUCGUCGAUACACCCGGCCAAAUCGAAGUCUUUGUUUGGUCUGCUUCGGGCUCCAUCCUCCUCUCCUCUUUCGCCUCGACAUUCCCUACAGUCCUAGCCUACAUCAUCGACACUCCGCGCAGCACGGAGAACACCAGCACAUUCAUGUCCAAUAUGCUGUACGCCAUCUCAAUCCUCUACAAGACCAAACUGCCCAUGAUACUGGUUUUCAACAAAACAGAUGUCAAGGAUGAGAGCGAAGCAGUAGACUGGAUGCGGGACUUCGAGUCUUUCCAGGCGGCUUUGCGGAAGGACGAAGAGAACGAGAUGGCUGGUGGUGAAGGAAGCAGUGGCUACAUGGGGAGCUUGUUGAACAGCAUGAGCCUGGUGUUGGAAGAGUUCUACAACGCGCUGAGUGUGGUGGGCGUGAGCAGUAUGACUGGAGAAGGUGUGGAAGGCUUCUUUGAGGCUGUGGAGGAGAAGCGGGCAGAAUUCGAAAAGGAGUACAGACCGGAGUUGGAGAGGAGGGUGCAGGAGGCAGAGAAGCAAAAGGAGGAGUUACGGCAGAAGGAGGUACGGAGGAUGAUGCAGGAUAUGGAUGUCUCGUCGAAAGCGAAGGGGACGGGAAAGUAUGCGAAGGGCAAGGGCAUGGAAAAGGAGGAGCCGCUGACGGUCAGCGAUGCUGAAGAGGAGGAGGAUGAGUUGUCGGGACUUGUGGAUCCGGACGAUGAAGACGAAGAUGCGGAGGAGACUGGACGAGAGACUUUCGACGAUGGGCUCAAGGCGAGAUAUGAGCAGGCUCUUAAUGACAGCAGUGGUGGGGUGGGGAGCGCGGCCAACUACAUCCGCAGCAGCCAACGAUGA